GAAUGCAACUCUCUAAGACAGACAUAUCAACUGCUUAACAAAACCCCUUCUCUCUUCUCUUACAUUAAUCUAACAUCUCUCUCUCUAAACAAACGAGUAGAGAGAUGGAAGUCUGGGUUCGUGUUUUGAUCCUCGUAGCAUGCAUGUAUCCCCUUAUGGUUGACGGCGCUGUUCGCCGUUACCAGUUCAAUGUGAUGAUGAAGAACACAUCUCGCCUAUGCUCUUCCAAAUCCAUCGUCACCGUCAACGGAAAAUUCCCCGGCCCGACACUCUACGCGAGGGAAGACGACACCGUCCUCGUCCGAGUCAUCAACCGAGUCCAGUACAACGUUUCCAUCCACUGGCAUGGAAUUAGGCAACUCGGAACAGGCUGGGCCGACGGGCCGGCAUACAUCACGCAAUGCCCGAUCCGGCCCGGUCACAGCUACGUGUACAAAUUCACAGUCACCGGGCAACGAGGCACACUUUUGUGGCACGCCCACAUUCUAUGGCUGAGGGCCACCGUUCAUGGCGCCAUCGUCAUCUUGCCUAAACGAGGGGUCCCCUACCCCUUCCCUAAGCCCGAUCACGAGCACGUCGUCGUUUUAGGUGAAUGGUGGAAAUCCGACACUGAAGCCGUGAUCAACGAAGCCAUGAAAUCGGGCGUGGCCCCCAACGUGUCCGAUGCACACACCAUCAACGGCCAUCCGGGCCCACUCUCAAAUUGCCCCACAACAGGUAAAAAUAUGAUCAAGAUACAUAUAUACAAGUGUGAUCACCUAACUAAUUUUAUUUUCUAUUUUGUAGGUGGUUUCUCACUAAAUGUGUCACCGGGAAAAACCUACAUGCUCCGCUUAAUCAACGCUGCACUCAACGAAGAGCUCUUCUUCAAAAUCGCCGGCCACAAACUCACGGUGGUCGAGGUUGAUGCCACCUACGUGAAGCCGUUCAAAACCGACACCGUCCUCAUCGCCCCCGGCCAGACCACGAACGUCAUCGUGUCGGCCGAUCAGGGCUCAGGCAAGUACAUGGUGGCGGCCUCGCCGUUCAUGGACACCAUGAUCGUGGCGGUGGACAACAUGACGGCCACCGCCACCCUGCACUACUCCGGCGCCCUUGCCAACUCCCCGACUACCUUCACCCGACCGCCGGCUCGGAACGCCACCCCCGUCGCCAACUCCUUCACCGACUCCCUCCGGAGCCUAAACUCCAACAAAUUCCCGGCCAACGUGCCGCAAAAGAUCGACCACUCCCUGCUCUUCGCCGUCGGGCUCGGGCUCAACCCGUGCCCGACGUGCAAGGCGGGCAACGGCAGCAGAGUCGUCGCGAGCAUCAACAACGUGACGUUCGUGAUGCCCACGAUGGCUCUGCUGCAGGCGCACGUCUUCAACAUCAAGGGGGUCUUCACCGCCGACUUCCCGGGAAACCCUCCGACGCCGUUCAACUACACCGGCGCGCCGCCAGCGAAUAUGGCGACGACGAGCGGGACGAAGGUGUAUAGGCUCGCGUACAACUCGACUGUUGAAGUUGUGUUGCAGGAUACCGGCAUCAUCGCCCCUGAAAACCACCCUGUUCAUCUGCACGGAUUCAAUUUCUUCGCGGUAGGGAAGGGAUUGGGCAAUUUCAAUCCCAAAACCGAUCCACAGAAAUUCAAUCUCGUUGAUCCUGUUGAGAGGAACACAAUCGGAGUUCCUUCUGGUGGGUGGGUCGCUAUUAGAUUCCGAGCCGAUAAUCCAGGGGUGUGGUUUAUGCAUUGCCAUUUGGAGGUGCACACGACAUGGGGGCUAAAAAUGGCAUUUUUGGUGGACAAUGGAAAGGGCCCAAAUCAGUCUAUUUUGCCGCCACCUAAAGAUUUGCCAAAAUGUUGAAUUUUCAGGCCAAGAAAUUAAGGAGAGAGAUUUGGAGAUUCCGAAAUCAACAAGUGUGUAUUGCUGUUAUAGAAUUAAUGUAGUAAGAGAGAAUAUUGAGAGCCAAGCUCUAUUUGUUUCUUGAGUGGAAUUCCUUUUGCUCAAGUUGAAGAAAAUAAGAUAGGGUGCAUCAACGGUUGUGAGUUAUCUAUAUUUUCUGUAAGGUUUUAUCCAAGUUUCGGAAUUGUUAAUGUUAAAAACUUUAUUUGGAUCCUCAGAAA